UUAACUGGAGGUCUAGCGGCUCCGCUAGUUGCCGCUGGGGCUGGUGUGGUGAUCGGUACAGGUGCUGCGGCCGGAAUAGCCACCACAGCCGGCGCCGCCGUUCUCGGAUCGAUUUUCGGCGUUGCGGGCGCUGGUCUGGCUGGUGCGUUUGCUGUAUGCGUUUGGGUUUGUAAACUUGACUCG